AUGUCUUCAGGCUUUCCCUUAACACUAACCGCUAUCCUUUCUUUUAUACUCACCCUCACCCUCACCGCUAGAUGCGUGUCAGGGAGGAACGUCACAGAGCGAAUCGACAGUGCAGAUACCGGUCCUUACUCCGUAACUGAACUUGCUCGGGUUAUCUACCAUCCUUCGGUGAAUGGGGCGUGGAUUUCUGAGGCAGGGCUGGCCCCAAGUCAGAACGCACCGGACCCCGGCAGAGCGUACCAGAAAACCUACACCUACACGAACGGCAACUAUAGCACGUCGGAUGAGGGCUCGGUAGUCAGGUCAAUCGUCGUCGAUUUCUUCGGCACGUCAAUCACAGUAUACUUCAUCGUCGAGAACGAGUUCCCGACCGAGUGCGAUGUCACUCUCGACGGAGGGCUCGAAUUCAAGUUGAGGCGUCGCCCCGGGUUUGAAUCUAGCAGCGAAGCUUUCUCCUACCAGGUCCCCCUUAUCACAUACACCAACCUCGCUGAAGGAGUCCAUCGUCUCGAGAUCCAAGUCGUUUCAGACACCCUGGAGAGAAGAAACUACGUCAAUUUUGACUAUGCUGAGUACUCAUAUGACACGGAUAGUGCAGAUUUGUACCUUCAAGGGAAGCCAGACACCCCCACUCCCACGCCCACGCCCGCACCCGCUCCUCUGCAGUAUAUGCAAGAAAAGACGCCGGACCACAUGAUGACCAUCCUCUGCGCGAUAAUCCUAGCAUGUACAGUCGUCCAACUCAUGAUUGGAAUAGCAUGUACAGUCGUCCAACUCAUGAUUGGAAUAGGCGCUCUUUUCCUGUUCAUCCGAUCACGAUCACCACAACGCUCCCCCAGACUCGCCCCUUCACCCUUCUUCGCCGGCAAUUUUGACACUGGUGGUCAUGGAUCACCAUCCCCAUCGAUAUCGACAUCAACAGCGACGUUGACCCAAAAGAGCCAGGCUUCAAGGUUCAACUUGAACAUCAAGAAAUGCGCAUUUGCGGCACUGGCCUGCCGCAGAAGAGCCCGUUCAGAAUCAGAUACCACUGCGUCGACGGUUCAGAGCCAGGGCGUGUCUGACACUGGUACUACUAGUAGGCCGGUAGACGCGCGGUUAUCCGGCUCUGUGGACCCCCAACACACUCCUGACACAUCCUACAGGAAUAACAGGACUGGAGAGGGGAGGGAAAGCGAAGAAGGGCCUGUAGAGGUACUGGAGGUAGCGGCGGAGGAUGUGGAUGUGCAAGGGCCCAUCUCUACAUCCACGAACCAAGACCGCAACCACUACGCCAUCACCAACUUUCUCAGCUGGCCUAAUACGUCGCCUCCGUCCUACCGAAGCACCAAAGCGUCUUCCGAGCUAAUUUUGGGAAGGUCAUGA